AUGACUGAAGUCGACGUCGCCACCAAAGCUCCUGAGAGCGACGCUCAGGGGCCGCAGACUGAACAGACGCCGGACAUCAUCACCCCUGCAGAAACGCCAGUUCAGACUGGAGCGCAUUGCGUCACCGACCGCCCAACCCCUAGCGGACAGUCGUCGACCGGCGAGAUCAUUAAACUGAACGACAUUGACGUCUACAUUUCCAAACCAGCCGACUACCCCCAUGCCCCCUCAAAGCUCCUCCUUCUCCUCAGUGGCGGCACUGGAAUCAACUCAGUCAACAACCAAAUUCAAGCCGAUAAAUUCGCUUCAGCGGGCUACCUGGUACUGAUGCCAGACCUCUUCGCCGGCGACAGCGCCCCCAUAUCCACCGCCAUCUCCGACGACUCCUCCUCCGUCAUUGGGCAAGUCAAACUGCAGGCCGUCGGGGUCGUCAAGUCUUUCUUUAUCGACAUGUGGCUGGCCCGAAUCACCCCGGACAAGGUUAUGCCCAUUUUGCACAAGGUCAUUGAAGCCGCUCAAGACCAGUAUGCAGACGCCAUUAAGAACGGGGAGGGGAUAUACGCAGUCGGCUACUGCGUUGGCGGGCGAUUCAUCCUCCUGCUGGCUCAGGAGACCGAGGAACAGGGCAGCGAUGAGGAGACAGCAGCGUUGAAGAGCGGUCCAUAUAUCAAAGCAGGAGCUGUGGCGCAUGCUGCGUCUGUGACGCCAGAUGAUUUCAAAAAUUUAAAGGCGCCGCUGAGUUUUGUGUGUGUUGAGGACGACAACCUGUUCCCAGACGACGUGAGGAAGGCGGGUGAAGAUGCCAUGUCCCGAGCCGAUCUCGAGCACGAGGUACAGGUCUAUCCUGGCGUCCCACACGGUUUUGCUGUAGUUGGCGCAUAUGCAGAUGGCGCCAUUACCGAAGCGCAAACGACUGCGUAUGAACAAAUGUUGAAAUGGAUAAAUGAACACUGA